AUGGACUUUCUGGUACUGGGGCAGGUCACAGCUGAUCAGCCAUCCUCUUCUCUUCCAUUGGCAAAUUGGGCACCGCCAUCCGGCAUGCAAUUGGCAGAUCCCGAAUUCAACGUGUCAGGACCGAUAGAUCUGGUACUUGGGUCGCAAUACUUCUACGAUUUCCAUAUACUCGAUGGUGGCCGGAUUCAAAUUCGCAAGCUCGACAGUGCUCUUCCAGCUUUCGUCAAUACCGUCUUUGGUUGGGUAGCUGCUGGAGAAUCCGAAUGGCCUGAAAACAAAACGGUGGUUAAUUGUCAUCUAGCAACUACAGAAACUCUCGACUCGACAAUGCAGAAAUUUUGGGCGAUCGAAGAGAUGAUGGAAAAACCAAUACGAUCCCAAGAGGAAGAAGACUGCGAGCAACACUUCCAAGCAACAAUCGAUCGUGACUCUACCGGUCGAUACAUAGCACAGUAUCCGAAGAAGAUUGGUUUCCACGAGAAGAUUGGCGAUUCCAGGAACACGGCUUUGCGACGAUUCGAUCAACUAGAGAGGAGGUUAGGAAAGGAUCCAAAUUUGCAUCGACAGUAUAGCGAUUUUCUUCAAGAGUACCUCGAUAUGGGCCACAUGAAACUUAUCGGGACAUUGCAAGAUAUAAAGGAUGAAGGACGAACCGUUUGUUACCUCCCCCACCAUCCCGUCUUUAAAGAGACCAGUUCAACAACAAAGGUCAGGGUGGUAUUCGAUGGUUCCGCAAAGACAAGUACUGGUUCAUCGCUCAAUGAUUCGCUCCUCACAGGUCCGGUCAUCCAAGACGAUUUGUUGGACCUCAUGAUCCGAUUUCGCAAGCACACCGUAGCAUUGGUGGCGGAUGUGGCUAAAAUGUAUCGCCAAGUGCGUAUUCAUCCGGACGAUACACCCCUCCAACGUAUUUUGUGGCGGUCUGCGCCAACCAGUCCAAUUCAAAUUUUCGAGCUGCAAACCGUUACGUACGGCUUAUCUCCGUCGUCGUUUAUUGCCACGCGUGUACUAAAACAGCUCGCAUCUGAUGUUGGUAGCAAAUAUGAUCACGCUGGCACAGUGGUGUCGAAUGACUUUUAUAUGGAUGAUUUUCUCUCAGGAGCAGAUACGGUAGAAGAGGCAAAAAGGUUGAGAAAUGAUGUACAGUCUCUCAUGGCAGAGGGAGGGUUUGAACUGCGGAAAUGGAGCUCAAAUUCAUCAGAUGUGUUGAGUGGCUUGCCUCCUGAUGCACUUGAGGAUCAAUCGACGCUAUAUCUUGAUGCAGAGCAGAAGGUGAAGACGCUAGGAGUGGCAUGGGAGACGGGAACGGACUGUUUACGCGUCGACAUACCAACACCAAGGGAGGAAAAGCACUGGACGAAGAGACUAAUCUUUUCAACGAUCGCUCAACUGUACGACCCUCUCGGAUUAGUUUCUCCGGUUGUGGCAUGGGCGAAAAUACAGAUGCAACAUCUUUGGUUGGUGUAUAUUGACUGGGACGAUAAGAUCCCCUACGAGAUUUGUGGAAACUGGAAGAAUUUCUAUGAGCAGCUUCCACUGCUGCAAAGCUUCAAGGUCCCACGUUGCGUUUUCGUCCCACAAUCAACAAAUUCCCACUUCCAUGUAUUCUGUGAUGCAUCGGAAGCCGGAUACGGGGCGUGCAUCUACGCGCGAUCUACCAAUGGGGAAGGUGAACACAUCUUGCAGCUAAUCGCUUCCAAAUCGCGGGUAGCACCAAUCAAACGGCUCAGUUUGCCACGUCUCGAGCUGUGUGCAGCAUUAUUAGGGGCAAAACUCUACGCCAGGGUCUCCGCAGCAUUAAGGAUGGAAGGCACUCCUUGUCAUUUCUGGUCAGAUUCUACGGUCACUUUGCACUGGAUUCAAUCUCCCCCGAAUACUUGGCAAACCUUUGUUGGUAACCGUACAUCUGAAAUUCAGCUCCUAACACACGGACAUAAAUGGGCACACGUAAAAGGGACUGAUAACCCAGCCGAUCUUGUGUCACGCGGCAUGCUACCAAACGAAUUCAUCAGCAACACGCUUUGGGUGCAUGGUCCACCCUGGUUGAGAGAAGAUGAAGAAGACUGGCCAAAACAAUCCCAUCAGCUUCCACCCCAAGAAGACGUUCUCGAGCGAAGAAAAACGGUUUUGGUAUCACAAGUAUCGUCCGAAUUGAACCCACUUUUUGAACGAUAUUCUUCCUAUUGGCGCUUGAUAAGGAUUACUGCAUACCUGCGCCGGUUUAUCAGUCGAUGUCGUUCAAACAAUCAGCAACAGGAAACAUUCCUAACCACACAUGAACUGACAGAAGCGAAGGAAACCCUAGUGAAACUGGUGCAGCAGGAAACAUUCGCUGAAGAAAUGAAGCAACUAAAUCAAAAAGGUCCGUUACCGAAGAAGUUCCCCUUCAAAAAUGGUCACCCUAUCAUCGAUGAGAAAGGCAUCCUCCGUCUUGGUGGCCGGCUUCACCAUUCCAACGAAAGCUACCAGACCAAACACCCAAUAGUUCUCCCGAACAAGCACCCGUUCACUCGCCUCGUUGCCGCUCAUUUUCACUCCCUCUGUUUUCAUGCUGGUCCUCGCAUGACUUUGGCGACUAUCCGUCGUGAAUUCUGGCCAAUUAGCGGUAAAACUCUUGCCAACCAUGUGUGUCGAAAAUGCGUCAAAUGUUUUCGACAAAACCCUGUCCCUGUAGCCCAACCUCUUGGCCAACUCCCACAAGCACGAACCGUUCCUAGUCGCCCAUUCUCUACAACUGGUGUAGAUUUUUGCGGGCCUGUAUACCUGAAACCAGUUCACCGUAAAGCAGCCCCACAGAAAGUAUUCAUCGCGGUCUACAUCUGUUUUGCCACCAAGGCAGUUCACCUAGAACUGGUGUGCGAUCUAUCGACCGAUGCCUUCAUCGCCUCCCUUCGACGAUUCAUCGCCCGACGUGGAAUUCCGGAAGAGAUCCAGUCUGAUAACGGCACAAACUUCCAAGGCGCGAAGACCAAGCUCAACGAAAUGUACCGCAUCUUCAACAGCAAGCACGACCAGCAAGCAAUCUUCAACGAAUGCAGCAGCAAAGGUAUCACUUGGCGAUUCAUCCCCCCACGAGCGCCAAACUUCGGUGGGUUAUGGGAAGCGGCGGUGAAAACUGCGAAAACCUCCCUAUCGAAGACAAUUGGAGGACACCAGCUAUCAUACGAAGACAUGGUCACCGUACUGUACCAAAUCGAGGCAAAUAUGAACAGUCGACCAUUGACACCGCUAUCCGAAGAUCCAGCAGAACUUGAUGUCCUUACACCUGGACACUUCCUCGUUGGUGCCCCAUUGAACAGCCUACAGGAUCCUGAUUAUACGACAGUUCCAUCCAACCGUCUGCGACACUACCAACAGCUGCAACAAGUCAUCCAAAACCACUGGAAGCGAUGGAGAAAGGAGUACCUCACCGAGCUUAAUCAACAGUGGCAAGCAUCUCGCCCAGCAGCGGACAUUCAUGUUGGCCAGAUGGUACUUCUUAAGGAGGAUGGGAAAUCAUCGAUCACUUGGCCACUCGCACGAAUCAUAGCAGUUCAACCCGGCAGCGACGGUGUCGUUCGUGUGGCAGUCAUCAGGACCAAAUCUGGCACAUACACGCGAGCCGUCAACAAACUAUUUCCACUGCCUAUUGACGAGGACAUCACUCAUCAGUACAACAGCAAAUCAGCAACAGCAAUAGCUAAAAAUAGAGAGAGUUAG